GGCAACACAGCCUCAAGCAAGCAACUGACGCCGCAAUGAAGAUCUUCCACCGCUGCUGCGCAGCCCUAACUCUUCUAGCCAAUGCUCUCCCGGCUCUAUCGCUACCGGGAGCGAACAGUCUCACUAUUCGCAAAGACUCGAACAAAUAUGUCACGGCGCAUUUCAUGGUUGGCAUCGUCGAAAACUAUACCGUCGACGACUGGAAGCACGAUAUGGAGCUAGCCAAGGAAACGGGAAUCGACGCAUUCGCUCUUAACUGCGCCAGCAUCGACUCCUACACAGACAAGCAGCUGGCAUAUGCGUACGAGGCAGCUGAAGAGGUCGACUUUAAGGUGUUUAUCUCGUUCGACUUCGCAUAUUGGUCGAACGGCGACACUGCCAGAAUUACCUCCAUUAUGCAGACCUAUGCCGACCAUCCAGGCCAGUUUCAAUAUAAUGGUGCUGCGUUAGUGAGCACGUUCGUCGGGGACAGUUUCGACUGGGGUCCAGUCAAGAGGGCAGUAGAUCAUCCAAUCUUUGCGGUUCCGAAUCUGCAGGAUCCGAACUGGGCCGGCCACGCGACGACAUCGAUUGAUGGAGCGUUUUCGUGGUAUGCGUGGCCGACGGAUGGAGGAAAUAGUAUUAUCAAGGGCCCCAUGACGACAAUUUGGGAUGAUAGGUUCAGGAAUAAUCUCAAGGACAAGGUUUAUAUGGCUCCUGUCUCGCCGUGGUUUUCAACCCACUUCAACACCAAGAACUGGGUAUUUAUCUGUGAAGACCUUCCACAUCUCCGCUGGCAGCAGAUGCUGGAAAUGCAGCCAGAAUUGAUCGAGAUCAUUUCCUGGAAUGACUACGGCGAGUCCCACUACAUCGGCCCUUACUCAGAAGCCCACUCUGACGACGGCUCUGCGCAAUGGACGAAAGACUUUCCCCACGACGCAUGGCGCAUCAUCGCCAAGCCCUACAUCGCCGCAUACAAGGCGGGAGAGAGAGAGCCCACUGUGGAGUCUGACCAGCUGGUCUACUGGUACAGACCGACACCGAAAGCCGUUACCUGCUCGAAGGAUCCGCUUGGUCCGCCAAAUGGAAUCAACCUGCUUGAGGAUAGUGUCUUUGUUACGACGCUGCUCACCGAGCCGGCCACAUUGACUGUCGGCAGCGGCUCCCUGGAGUUUUCGGUUGACGUAGAUGCUGGCAUUGUGACAAACAGCUUCCCCAUGGGUGUCGGCUCGCAGGCCUUUUCUGUCACCCGCGACGGCGAGGAGAUCCUCGGCGGCGAUGGAGGGCUGGAUGUUCAGGAUAGAUGUGACUAUUAUAACUUCAAUGUUUAUGUUGGCUCUUUUAGCGCCUAGUGCUAGAAGGAUCGAGCCAGAGGCCAAUAAGAUUUGUUGAUUCAAACCUGAACGAAGGCCAAGCGAUUAUGUCAACUAGACUAUUGAAUAUUAUGCCGAGGGUUUCUUAAU